AGCAGCGGCAGGGCAAUACAUAACAAGACUCUGCUCUACUAUCGGAACAUUGAAGUCGUUUAUUUCUGGUCACUUUGCGCAUCAGUCCAACCAACUUGGUAUCUUGCGUUUUUCGUCUUGCGAUGUGUAUGGCCUCUGGACCUUGAACGGAAAGCUUGCAGACAACUGUCCCACCUCGUUGCGGCCCCAAAGGUCUGCACAUUAAUCUGCCCCUCAUGGGCCGUUACGAACGUAGUGCUGGCAUGGCCGCCCUGAUGACCCAAGGACCGAACCUUUCAUCGCCACGCACAGUAUCAGAGAGUCCACCACCCCCUUCUCCAACCACACAGGCCGCACCGUAUGAUGGCCAGGACAACUACAACGCUGGGAACAUCGCGAUGGAGAACAUUUACGCUUCGCCCCUAACAUCACCCGACGCAUUUUCUCGUGGCGAUAAGAGUGGAUCUUACAUGUCGCUCAACGGACCCCUGGGCAAGCACGCCGCAGACAACAUAUCUCUGCUAAGCCAUCACAGCCGUCAUCCUCAUACCAAGCAUUUUGAUCACAAUCAGGCGCGAAAGUACUUGUUCAAAGUGGGAGGCGUCAAACUUUUAGUUACGAUCCUCUUCAGCGCGUUGAUGUGUAUUGCACUGAAGGCAUGGGAAGGAUUCAGCGAGCCUGUUGUCCUUUCCAAGAUAGAUGUCAGGAUUUUCAACGCCAUAAUGAUUGGACUUUCCCUCUGCUUGGGUCUCAAUCUUCUUGCAAGUCUGCAGAAUUAUGCGGGCAUCCUGCGCUGGUCCCUGUUGAGCCGACGUUACGUGUCGCUGGAAGCUUUCGAUCUAAUUCUCGGGCUGGAACGACUGAGCAACGUCGUCAAACUGAUGGUCAUUUCCCUUCCAUUAGUCCGGCGCCAAAAGUACUUGCGGAAACUGAGGUGGUUCAGAAACGCGCGACAAGAUGAGACAAAGUGGACAUGGCUCGUGUGUCUCAUCUGGCUUGGGAUAAACGUUGGCUCGCAGGUCCUUGUCGCCGUUUCGAGUCUCUUUUAUCCUAUGGACCCGUCGAAGAUGCCGCUUCUUACAUACGGCAACGUCACCGUCGCGGAUCUGACGAAAUGGGACCCUGGUAGCAAGGAGAACAUCACCUCACUGGAUCUGGAAGCGGCAUGGAUGUACGGUAUGGAGGCUAUUGUCUACCCGCAGUUCGCCCCAAACGACACACAAGAUGAUCUUUCGAUACUCGCGGGUACGCCUUUGUACAAGCACGAGACAGCCUACGAGUAUCGCUUCUUCAACCGCAACCCGGUUCAUCAGUACUCUGACUACAUUCUGAGCAAUCGUAGCGUCUAUGCCAAUGCAACCUGUGAGGAAGUUGAGAUCCGUGACCAGGUUUUGGUGAGUACUGAGUCCGAGUACUCUGUCGAGGGCAAACGAUCCGGCGAGGAGCACUGGACCAAAUACUACUUCCCUGAGUUCGCCGGCGGGGCUCUCACUUGGAUAGCCGAUGCUACCGGCGCGUGCGGUACACGCUGUACGAACUUUACUGUUCUGCAAGCAAACCUUAGUGACGCCACGUCGAACAUCACGAAGCCGUCACUAUUCCUCUGCGAAAGCGCCGUCGGUCACAUUGAGAAAGGCAAUAACAAGCACGACAUAACCAUUAUCAAUGAUGAAGACAGCAAAGUUGUCUUUGGCAACAACUUGUGGGCGCAAGUUGCCUCUGGGGCCUUGGGAUGGACCGGCCUGCCCACAAGAGGCUGGGAGCACGUACAGUAUCGGACGUACACGCAGGGCUCAAAAUGGUCGCCAGCGCAUCCUGUCAACGCAUCUGAGGUGCAAGACAUCCUAAUGCGCUUCACGAUUGGCGCAAUCGCCGCGUUCGACGACCACGGCCUCCGAUACAACGUGAGCCACCAGACCGUCGUCCCGACACCAGGCCAGUCCCUCGGCGUCGAUUGGUCAUACAUCCUGAGUAUCUUGGGGGGAAUAUGCGGUAUUCAGCUGGCUGCGCUGUGCUGCCUGCUCGUCUUUGCCAAUCGCACAAUCGUGCGCGACGAGAGCUUCUUCAGCAUGGCGAUGCUGUUGAGUCCCGUCGUUGGCCGCAUUGGGAAGGAUGGCGGAGGGAUGAAUAUGAGUGGAGAUGAGAUCAAGAAUCACCCCAAACUGCUGUUCAAGAAGAUCCAGUACAGCUACCGAGAGGGCAAGAACGGCGACCCGCAUCAAGUGGACAUUCUCUGGGAGGGCAGGGAUAGCAGAGAAAGCAGGAAGAGUUGGGUGGCGGGAGUUUAUAAUUGAUGGAAGAAGUGCUGUUCUUGUUGGGUGGUAUAUAUACGUAUACAUGUUUCUGUACAUGACUUGCAACCUUGGGCUUCAGAAGGUGGCC